AUGGUUUCUUCUGUGUUUACCCUUAUUUGUGUUCUUCAUUCUGCAAUAGCUCUUACUUGUGGAGCUCUAAUGAUAUUCUACUCCAAAGAGAUCUUAGUGUUUGGCCAUGGAUUAGAGACUGCAAGCAAGCUUCAGGGAUCAACACCCCAUGAUCAGUUACUGAUUCAAACCUCUGAUUCCUUCUCUGGCUUGCUGUUGUUCACAAUUGGGUUCCUUCUUUUGAUGGUUUCCCUUGUGAAGGACAAAGAGUUUCAAAGUUUCUUUGCCAAAGGGUGUGUGCUACUUCACAUUUCCAUGGCAGUAUGGAGAUUCUUCUUUGAAGGGAAGCUUGAAGAUCUUGCACAUGACUGGCCAAGGUAUGCUGUUGGGGACAUUGCAUUGGCCAUUUCAUGGGUCUUCUUUCUUGUGUUUUCAUGGAGAGAAAAAUAUGAUUAGUUUUUUUGUAGGCUUUGGUGUUUUGUGGAAACAACAUGGGUAAUAAAUGUUGAUUUGUUUUAGCUUGUGGAAACCAAUGUUUUGAUGCUCCACAACUUAAAUUCUGGGUUUCAAAUUUUCAAUUGGCCUGUGAAUGCUUAAAUUCUCAAGAUAAAUGGAGAAGAGAACCAUUGUAUGAGUUAUUGAAAGAGAGGAUGGAAUAGUUUGUUGGGUCAACUUCCUAAUU